UGUUGGAAAUAUUGUAUCUGACAGUCUCCAGGCAAAGCAAACAAGCGGAGUAGACAAUAACAUUAGUUUACUGCAUGUCAAGUAUCUCUCAGCGCAUUCUGUGACAAACUGUCGAUAUAAAAUACAAGCACUCGGAUUGCCUCUUCAUACAGCAGUUGAUCAAACAGCUACUACUUUUUGUAUUUCGUUCAAUUUAAUAUUUCGCAGUUCACAGUAUUGAAGUUAACGUAUUUAUUGUCUCAAUCAAUGCUCGUCUACGUUUAAUCCACCAAAAUAAAAUAAAAUUCUUAUAGAUGUCCUUAAUACUAGACUGGAUAAAUAGUAAUGGUUUACAUUGCACUUAUAUAAUUACCCGUACUGAUAUGAUUUCAAUACAUAUUUUUUUAGUAGUGUGUUGGUAUUAACGAGAUUCUUUGUUCAUUAAAUCGGGAAUAAGUAAAUCUUUUCCGCUGAAAUCGUCGUGUGGUUGCCGUGUAUUGGGGUCUGCCCAGUGAAAUGUCAAGAUGCUCUCUCUGUUAGGCAAAUUUCGUGCGAACAGACAAGCAGUUAAAUGAAAUUUUUCCAGCACAUCGAGUGAUAGACCUCGCUAAGGCCCAAGCAAUUAUUGUCAUGUUCUUGGUAAAUGCUUGUUUAGCUACUCAAUAAAUUAAAAGUGAAUUUCCUUUUUCUUCAUGUUGGAGUUGAGUAAGGCAGGUAGUUUUAUCUUCGUUUUGGGAAAGGGAUAUGUGCUUUUACCACCUGUAGCGAUGGACUCUCCGAAAUUAACGUAACAUCGUUAGUUUCAAUUUUUGAGAUAGAACCAAAAUUGGGGUCUGUAUUGUGGCAUUGUCCUUUCUAUCUUUUCUCUUCUUAACCCACUUGGUCCCAGUUUUUCUCUCCGGUAUGUUUCUAAAACAUGAAUGUCGUCGAUUAUUACUGCAGACACUGUAUGAGGGACGUUCUUCGUUGCCCACGGAUCUGUAUUUCCACGGAUGUUGAGACUGGCAGUGAAUUGUUUGUUGGAGAGACAGGGGUGGUAUGCGGGUGUGUUCCUGAUGGCCUUCCUGAGCAACUUGUUGAGACUGUGGUGUCGAGGGAUGAUGGAUGUGCCACGCCGAGGGGUAGCUAGUCAGCUGACAGGUGGUGUGGUGGGGGAGGUAGGGGUGGCUCCCCUCCCCUCCAGCGCCAGUAGCCAGUUUCAGUGUGUGCGCGUCUCCCGCCCGUCACGUGUCGCCGCCUCGGUUACGUCACACAUUGUUGUGUUGUGCCCGCGAGUGUUGUGUUAUCUGGUAGGAUUACCGUCCUCCCUGACCCCUUCAAGAAUUAUAUGUUGGUUCGAGUGUGAAAUCUAGUCAGGAGAAUGUCGAUGUGAACUCGGGAGCCGAGACCAUAGAUUGUCAAUUGUCAGUGUUGUGUGGCAAACAUGUGAUGUGUGAGUAAGUGGACUAGAG